AUGUCCUUUUAUUUUUAUUGGUUCCUGAAAGACACAGACACCAAAGUCUUGGUCUUGGAUGUUACCUUACUUGAGCCUGGGAGUAGGCUACUCAGAAAGAAAGAGGGAGAGAGAAGUCAGUGGCACGAAAGCAUAAUAAGAUUCCAAAUCACCAGUAGCCCAAGUUCCCAACCCAAACCCAACGAAGCGAUUCCGAGAGAGGCAUGGGAUUGGCAACAACCUUUUAGUUUUACAGGGGAAUUCUGAAACUGCCCAUUCCUAUCCAUCUCACCCACCCACCAAGUUGGCGAUGACAAUUGAUCUUAUCCGGAAAGUUUGAUGCACUGCAAGAAUUGAGCUUUUCUUGGUGCCUUGUGCGUACCACGUUUGAAGAGUCGGAAACUCUAAUUUGCCCAUUCAUUGUCAAGGAAAGCGUCGGUUGAGUUGACAGAAACUACUGCAUGGCUUUUGUGGCUGAUGUGGCAUAAAUGGAAGGAGAAAUUCAUGUGCAAAUUCUCCAAGUAUAUCAAAUAUUUGCAGGGGAUUGACCGCACAAUCCCAAUGGUGAACCCAAAACUUUCCCGUUGUCCAACCAUAUCCUACAGGCCUAUACAACCGUCUGACCUUGAGAUCUUAGAGCAAAUCCAUGCUGAUUUAUUUCCCAUUAGGUAUGAGGCUGAGUUUUUUCAAAAUGUAGUCAAUGGACAUGAUAUUGUGUCAUGGGCAGCUGUUGAUCGAAGUCGUCCAAAUGGUCAAAGUGAUGAACUUAUUGGAUUUGUAACCGCCCGAAUUGUUCUUGCCAAAGAAAGUGAGAUAGGGGAUCUGCUCAGUUACGAACCGUCAAAAUCAGAUCAGACAUUAAUCUACAUUCUGACACUGGGAGUUGUAGAAUCUUUCAGAAAUCUUGGCAUAGCUUCAGCACUUAUUCGUGAGGUCAUAAAAUAUGCCUCAAGUAUUCCAACCUGCCGAGGAAUUUACUUGCAUGUCAUUUCUUACAAUAAUGCGGCAAUCCAUUUGUACAAGAAAAUGUCAUUCAUGUGUGUAAGAAGGUUGCAAGGCUUUUACUUGAUCAAUGGUCAGCAUUAUGAUUCGUAUCUGUUUGUUUACUAUGUAAAUGGUGGCCGAUCUCCUUGUUCACCAUUAGAGCUUGUUACAGGGACGCUGAAUUUGAUGAGGAAUGGGCUUAAGUCUGUGUUUGCAAGGCUUCGGAAGAAGGAAGACAGGAAGGUCUCAAAAUGGGGGAAAUGUAAAGAAACGCAUUGCCUUAUAUCGACUACCCAAAGCAGGAGAAACCUGACAACGGAGUGUACAGGGUAUGAGUGUGUUUGAUUUGUUUGUUUGUUUAUAUUAGAGGGCAUGGAAUUUGGAUCGACAGACAGACAGACUGAGAGAGAUGAGCCGCAAAAGUAUUAAUUAAUUAAUUAGCAAUCCAUUGUAUUGUUAUUGGUAUACCUACCUACCCUAUUUCUUGUGUUUAACCAUGGCAUAAAUACCAACAUAUAAUUACUUUUA